AUGUUAAAGUCAUUGAAAGGGUUACCAUGCGAAAAAAUAACAGAGAUUCAAAAAAAACUUCGAGAACGGCUGGCAAAGCCUUCAUUACCUCCUAAAAAGAAUGAGGCUGCGUUUUCCCCUGUUGAAAACCCGACAAUAUACUGGAAUAAGCAACUAUCUUUCGGGGAGCGACUACAGGGCUUAAAAAAUAAACCGAUUGUCCGUUCCUCUUGGGACAAAGAGAGAGAGGAGAGAAAAACAAAAUUGAAGCAAACUCAGGAGGAGGAAGAAGAGAGAUUGCGAAGGAUGGAUCCUAUGAUGCCUUUGGAAGAGCGAACUCUUCGUGCGAGCGAAUCGGCAUACCAUGGGAAAGAAUGCAAUUUGAAUGAUGAUUCUUCGACACCUUCCACUACAAACGAUCGCAAAAAUGUAGAUGAAUCUCUUCGUCAAGAAGACAAAAAGAAGGUGGCUAGUGCUGCUGCACAAGCCACCUUUAAGCGUAAAAGGAAAUCACGUCCUGGUUUUGAAGGCCCUCCAAGCACUAAACAAAAACUCUCCAAUGAGACAUCAAAAAGGAUUCGCAAAAAUCAAAAGAGAAUUUCCAGUUCUAGCAAAGUAAAGCCUCCACCACCACCACCAUAA